UGAAACAAAAGCGAAACCAAAAAUUGAAACAACAUAAGUAUAAAAUUUCAGCUUCUAUUUUUGUUUCACUAUCAGCAGUAGUAAAUAAUAUUUUAAGCUCACAUCAAUCAAAACACUUGUCAAUAAUAUUGUUCAGAAUUCAACGAUGGUUUGGUCAUUUGAGCAGAGAGAGAGAUUGGAAAUUGAAAAGAAACUAUUAGACGACUAUUUUAAACUCGGAAUAACAUGGAUUGAUCCACACCAUGAAACAAAAGUGGAAGUUAUGAUGAAGCAACAAAACAGAGAUUAUAAACUUCGUAUUUAUAUCCCCCAGGACUUUCCCAACUCCUGUCCAGCCCUUGUGAUCGUUCACCCGGAAUUGCUUCUUCUGCAGAACGGUAGUCGUCUACCAGAGUCCAACACUAGCUUUCACACUUUAUGCGAUACAGACGGCUUUCAUCGUAUUUGUCAUUUCUUUCCACCACAGUGGCAACCAAAUAUUACGCUGUUUCAAGUAUUCAUGAAAGGUCGGUUAUGGAUUGAAGCGUAUGAAGGGCAUUUAGAUACAGGAUCAAGCAUGGAUGAAUUCCUAAAACAUCAUAAGAACUAAACUGAUGAAUUGAAGAUAUAAAGGGAAAAUGAUGAAAGGAGAACAUAAAAAAAAAUCAAUUGACAAUUCAAGUUACUGUACUACCUAAAUUUUAUCAUCUUAAGUACCUAUAAUAUCUCCGAGAGCAAAUGUACACAGUUAAUAAAAAAGAUAAAUCAGUGUUGGUCUCGUCAAGUUAGAUAGUAGUGAUUAUUAUUCGAGUCAAACGGACUGGUCAACAAGAUAUAUAUAACAAAAGGAGAACCCACAAGUAGAUAAAUAUAACAUUAUCUUUUUGUUAUGCGACUUUUACAUAGUAUUUUGGUAUUUUGUCUUAUUGUUGGCUAUAUUAAACAAUUUUCAUGCCG